GAAAAGGAUGAAGCAGACGAUGGAACAGGAACGUCGCUUGGAGAUGCUUACCCAAUAUUCACUCGAUCUCCCUCUCGACUCCUACAAGCAACAGCAACAGCAACAACAACAUUACCAGCAGCAACUUCUUCAACUGCACCAACAAAAACAACAGCAGCAGCAGCAGCAGCAACAACAACAACAACAACAACAGGCCUAUCUACCGCAGACACAAAUUUUUCCGGAAGAAGGCCAAUAUGGCGUGCAGGGAUGUGCCGAUAUAGCGAUGGGCGAUUACCAUUCACGUUGCUGUACGACUCCGAGAAUCGUUUGUUCGCAGGGUUACAAUUGCGCAAAGAACUCUGAGAGCUGCAAGCAAGUAUUAACACCGAAGAACUCACCACCACACCAGGCAACGAUGACGAUGAUGACGUCAGCGAAUACGUCAUCAUCGUCAGACAGCAAGCCAUUUCUGCACAAAGAUCACAUGUACGAAUGUCCUAUACUCGGCCACCACCAAACGAAUGAAUGCAUUUCCACUUAAACAGUUGUUAUUUCUACAUGGAAAAUUAUGUAUAUUUUGUUUUUAUUAUUAUUAUUUUAAUUGUUAUUAUUAUUGUUAUUAUUAUUGCUAUUAUUAUUAUUAUCAUUAUCAUUGAUCGCAUGUGCGUAAGCAAUCUAUUGACGCAUGUAUAUACGUUACAAAUGUCCAAUUAGUUAGAUCGAAAUGAGAUAAAUUAAGAAAAAUAUUUACCGUUGUCGUUCCAGUAAAAUAAGAGGAAAUCAUCGAUCUUAUUAUAUUUUCCGUGACGAUGCACUCACAUUAAUUGUUAUGUAAUGUCUCGUGGAAUGAGUCAGACGUCAUGUCGAACAGGGUUGUUAGCUACCGUCAUCGUCAGCCAUAGCUAUAGUCGUCAUCAUCUUCAUCAUCAUUCUCAUCGCUAUAGUCAUCAUCUACAUCAUCAUCCUUAUCAUUAAAGCCGCCAUCACCUUCAUCAUCAUUCUCAUCACUAUAGUCGUCAUCAUCUUCAUCAUCAUUCUCAUCACUAUAGUCGUCAUCAUCUUUAUCAUCAUUCUCAUUAAUAUAGUCAUCUUCAUCAUCCUACUUAUGACGACAGCGAUCAUCGUCUUCCUCAUCGCCCAUGUUCAUCAUCACCCACCGCAAAGUAGCCGUCGUUAUUAUUUGCACAGCCAACAUUCUCACCAAAUCAUCACCUUCAUGACAUUCUCACCAUCAUUAGCGAACACUUUUCCACCAUCAUAAUUUCAUCAACUCACCAUCAACACUCAACAUAAUGUCAUUUUCAUCAUAAGCGAUCGGUUUGCUGUAUCAUGUAGUCAUCAUAAACAGUCGAUAUUUAAAUUGUGUCUAAUUUUUACGAAUCAUGUUCAAUAAAUGUUUUCAAAAUGUU